UUGGCAGACCGAACUCGCUAUUUCAUGUAAUUCUGUGUCGGCCCGGUUUAGCCUUGUUGCCCGCCAAUGUCUUUGCAGAAGUCUAUUGUCGCCCCCCUCUGGCCAAUGAUGGAGAAUCAAGAGGGGACAGUGUGGCAGCAGCAGGUUGUAACAGAGGAGUCUCAGGAAGCUGGGACACAACAGACUCAGUACCUACAGCAGCUCCACACCAUGGAUGCUACCCAGACUCAGCAGUACACUACAUCAGAUGGCUCCACCAUUGCCGUGUCAUUUGCCCAGGCAGUCACCUAUGAACAGGCUCAGCAGGCUGUUGAGUCGCAAGUGACUGACGCACAGGCUGCCCAAGGACAGGCCACUGUCACAGCUGUCAGUGUGAGUGACAUCUCUGAUGAAGGUGGAGAGGAGGCUAGAGAGGCAAAAUCACAACAGCAGACCAUCACAUUGGCUGUUGCUGAUGGCCAAGUACAGCAGGUAGAACAGCAACAACAGACCAUUGCUAUAGCUGUUGAUGCCAGCAUGACUGCUGCACAAGUACAGCAUGUAGCACAGCCACAGCAGCAGACUAUGGAGGUAGCCAUCGAUGCCAGCAUGGCAGCUGGUGACCUGGGGGGCCAGCAGGUAGCAGUCCAGGGCAUGAAGGAUGAGAUAGAUGAAGAGGCCAUGGACACAACACCCUUUGCAGACGAGCCAGAGGAUCUUUGGUGUGAAGACUGUAACAGUGUGGAUGGUGUGGAGUGUAAGAAGCAUGGCCCCAUGCAGCGCAUACCCAGCAAGCCAGUCCUGUCCAAGGCCCGAGCCAGUUUGCCAAACCAACUCUUCCUGGCCAAGUCAGGCGAGACCACUGAACAUGGUGUAUUCACCAAGGCUCUCCCAAAACGUACACAGUUUGGGCCAGUGGAAGCCAAGCUUCUCCACAAGGAAGAAAUUCCAGAAGGCACCUUCCUCCUCAAGCUACAGCAUAAGACUGAGGGAGACGAGCAGCCAGCUGAUCAGCCAGAGCUGUAUUACGACCUGACCAAUGAGGAUGAGUGUAACUGGAUGAUGUUUGUCAAGCCAGCUGCUAACCACAUGGAACAGAACCUUGUUGCUUACCAGCAUGGCAACGAGAUCUUCUACACAACCAUCAAGUCAGUGGAGCCCAGGCAGGAGCUGAAGGUGUGGUAUUCCACUACUUAUGCCAGUUUCAUGGGAGCUUCUGUCCAUGAGAUCACAGAGGAAGAGAAAGAAGCAAUGCGAGAGAGGGAAGCCACAUGGCCAUGUUUUGAAUGCCCCAGAAAGUUCAUGUCCUCAGAACAACUACAGCGUCACCUGGCGGUCCAUGAGAAGGUGAUCACGGUUCGGCGCCGGCGGUGGGGGAAAGGCCGACGUGGGCGGAGGAGGAAGGUACCAGCAGGAGACAGGGACAACCUGGAGUGUGAUGUUUGCCACAAGGUCUUCCUACGUGCCUAUAGUCUACAACGCCAUCAGGUCAUGCACUCGGGAGAGAAGAAGUUCAAUUGUCCGGUGUGUAAGAAGAUGUUCUCCCAUGACUACAACCGCACACGUCACCUGCGCAAGCACCAGGACCGGGGAGAAGGUCUGGAGGUAGUGAACCAGCUGCUGGAGGGCAAGUCUCCGUCUGAGGGCACAUCAGAGGCCAGGGACGAGCAGGAAGAGAGGGAGUGGAGCUGUCGACACUGUGUUCUUGUGUUUGAGAGUGCUGAGCUAUUGCGGCUGCAUGUGCAAAGUCACCCUGCCGAGGAGUUAGAUGAAGAUGAAUUGGAGAGUGAAGAUGACUGGGAUAGUGACGAUGAUGAGGAUGACAAUGAUGAGAACACGGUGAAGACUGGUGCUAAUGAUGACCAGGAUGUCUCAAGUGAACAGCUACGGGAGUCUGCCCUGGGAAAGAACUUUCUCUGUGAUGUUUGUAACAAGAGUCUGGGGAGUAAGCAGGCCCUGAAGUACCACAUGCGCCGACAUGAGGAGAGGGGAGAGGCAGACAUACAGUGCCCUGAUCCUGACUGUGACAAGACAUUCCAGCAGAAAAGGGACCUGGUGACCCACUCCACUGUCCAUGGCAAGGUCAAGAGUGCCCAUGGCAUGGUGACCCGGCGGGCCCUCAGUCUGUACAAAUGUGACCAAUGUGGGAAGGCCUUCAGAGAUUCUGACAAACUGGACAAGCACCUGUUGCUCCAUGUCAACGAAGAAGACAGGCCCAUCGUGUGUGAGGUCUGCAACAAGCGGUUCCUCAACAACUCAGCCAUCGCCUGUCACAGGAAGACCCACAGCGGGAAGAAGUACUACGCCUGCCCCUUCUGCAAUGAAGGGUUUGAUCGUACGGAGACCUUACGCGAGCACGUCCCCGUCCAUGCCGUGGAUGGCGUGUACUCCUGCCCAACCUGCAGCAAGACAUUCCCCGAGUUUGUGCAGGUGCGGAAGCACAUCCGCAGCUUCCACUCCGACAAGAUGUACCAGUGCCAGGUGUGCGAGAAGGCCUUCCCACGUCCGGACAAGCUGAAGCUCCACAUGCUGAAGCACUCGGACCGGCGGGACUUCCUGUGUGCCAACUGUGGCAAGCAGUUCAAGCGCAAGGACAAGCUGAAGGAACAUAUGCUCCGCAUGCACAACCCAGAGAGGGAGGCCAGGAACGCCAACAGACCAAACAAGCCCAAGGCCUUCAAGCCCAAGACUCCCCCCAGUGACUACAACAGCUUCACCUUCAAGUGUCGCGGGUGCAUGCUGGGAUUCCGGCGCAGGGGGAUGCUGGUUAACCAUCUGGCCAAGCGUCAUCCUGAGACCCGCCCAGAGAGUAUCCCAGAACUGGCCCUGCCCAUCAUCAAGCCAAACAGGGACUACUUCUGCCAGUAUUGUGAAAAGGUCUACAAAAGCAGCAGCAAGCGCAAGGCCCACAUUCUGAAGAACCACCCUGGAGCAGAGCUGCCUCCCAGCAUCAGGAAGCUGCGACGCAACCCCCAGGACAUCAGCAUCAACACCCACACAGGCACUGCCGGCACCAUCGCCUCCGCCCCGGUCUGCUGCCCUCACUGUCCCAAACAGUACAGCAGCAAGGCGAAGAUGACGCAGCACAUCCGUAAGAAGCAUGCGGAGCUGGUGGGCACGGCCAUCCCCAUGCCUGCUCCGACUGUGCCCAUCACCCCAGCAGCUCAGCAGGCCAUCGCUGAGGCUGCAGCAGCAGACCUGACCUACAAAGUCAUCGUCAGAUAUGAUGCACCUCCAAAUGAGCCCAGUGAGGAAGCUGUGCUGGAACACAUCCCCCAGCACAUGGUGGUGCAAGCACCUCAACAAGAUGCCAAUGUGGCACGGCAGACAGUUCAGAGGUUCACUGUGGAGACCACUGGCCAGGCUAUUCCUGUUCCUAGUGAGACCAUGCGGGCUGCAGACCUGCUGACCCAGGCUAUGAGUGAGCUGUCCCAGACCCUGAGUGAAUACAGGCCACAGCCUGCAGAGUACCAGACUAUUGCAGCGCACAGGGUCGUCACCACACAGUCCACAGGUGAGUUGGUGCAUCAUCAGGUAGUGCCGGUCAGCAUCCAGACAGCUGACCAGUCCCAGGGGACAGUGACAGUGGACGUGAGCCAGAUCCGCCAGUCCCCAACACACUUCCAGCAGCAGACCCUGACCAUCCAACAGCCCAUCAGCCCCGCCCCCACCCCUCCACAGCAGCAGCAGGUGCAGCAGGUACAACAGGUGCAGCAGGUGCAGCAGGCCGUCCAGGCUGUCCAGACAGUCGUCUCCACCACCGAGCAGGUCGCUGUCACUCACCUAGCUGUCUCCACCCAGGCACAGCCUCAGCAGUUCAUUGCCAGGCCAUGGCCAGGCACCUUCACUGGCAAUGUUACUUACCAGUAACCUUAGUUCAGCUGAAUAUGGUAAGAUCAGGAUCUGGAACUAUGUUUAUGGUUUAAGACACUCCUGGAGGCAUGUGGUUGUGCAUGUAUGUGAGGUUAUUGGUUAUCAGAUGGACAUUUGUAAUCAACAUUUGUGAUAUUGGCAGGGAGAUAUUUACUCUAUCUGCUGAUGUGUGCUGUUUGAUAUGGAUUUUACUGAACCCUUACGGUCAUAUUGUUUGAACUAGUAGAAGUUUUGGAACAUAACAAGGUGUAUGGUUCCCAGAAUGUCACAUUUGGACUGACAUUUAUUGUGAGCGGUUUAGUAAUUGACUCUUAUAGCCUUGCUUUCAGUUAAGCUUUAGAGUUGUCCUGUUACUUGUACAAACUCUUCUCGACAAGGAUGCAUAGCUACCAGACCGUAGUUCCCAGAUGAAUAGAAUGUGUU